GAGACCGACUGAAGACUGAAGACCUGAGACCGGGACUGAAGACCUGAGACCGGGAUUGAAGACUGAAGACCUGAGACCGGGACUGAAGACCUGAGACCGGACUGAAGACCUGAGCAGCUCGUCUCCAUGACGUCCACGUGUCACUUCCUCUUCCUCUUCCUCUUCCUCCUCACACAGUCAGCUGACUCCUCUCCCUCUGUUGACAACACCACCGAGGAUCUACAGGAAGUGACUCUGGCCGCCAUUUUACCGAUGACUAACACAGAGUAUGCGUGGGCGUGGCCUCGUGUGGCGCCCGCGCUCCAGGAGGCGGUGCAGCGGGUGAACUCUGACCCGUGGCUGCUGCCUGGCCUGAAGCUCCGCCUUCUUAACGGCAGCUCAGAGAACCGUGACGGUUUCUGCUCGGACUCGAUGGCACCGCUGGUCGCUGUCGACUUUAAGAUGUCCAACGACCCCUGGGCGUUCAUCGGCCCCGGCUGCGAUUAUUCUUCUUCACCUGUCGCCCGCUUCACGACACACUGGGGCGUUCCCAUGGUGACCGCCGGCGCCCGCGCCAUCGGCUUUGAGCACUACGCAGCGGUCACCAACACAGGCCCCACCCACAAGAAGCUGGGCGAGUUUGGCGCCAGCAUUCAGGAGAUGUUGGGCUGGCGGCAGCACGCCAUGCUCGUGUUCAGCGACAACAAAGACGCCAACGACGACCGCUCGUGCUACUUCGCCGCAGAAGGACUUUACACGGUGCUGGGAAACCACAAUGUGUCCAUCAGAGAUCACGUGAUCGACGCCGACGUCAACUACAAGACGGUGGUUCAGAUGAUCCGAGACAACGGCAGAGUGGUCUACCUGUGCUCUUCCUGGGACAUCCUGAGGACUCUGAUGGUCCAGUUCUGGAAGGAGGGUGUGGAUUUAAAGGAAUACGCCUUCUUCUUCAUUGACCUGUUUGCUGAGGGUUUGGGGGGGCGGAGUCCAAUCAGACCCUGGUUCAGAGGAGACCACGAUGAUGUCACUGCCCGACUGGCGUUCAGGAGUGUGAAGGUGUUGACGUACAUGGAGCCGCAGAAUCCUCAGUAUCUGCAGUUUGUUCACGCUCUGAAAAUCAACGCCAAGGAAAUGUUCAACUUCACCAUCGAGGACUCUCUGUAUAAUCUGAUCGCUGGAGGCUUCUAUGAUGGAGUCAUGCUCUACGCUCACGCUCUCAAUGAGACUCUGGCUGAGCUGCGAGGACCGGGACCAGGACUGGGUCCAGUCCACAGGCCUAAAGAGGACCUGGUGACCAGGAAGAUGUGGAACAGAACUUUCCCAGGAGUCAUGGGUGUGGUGGAGAUGGACACGUUUGGGGACAGACAGACGGACUUUGCCAUAUGGGACAUGACGGACGUUGACUCUGGAGAGUUUCAGGUGGUGUGUGUCUACAACAGCAGCACAAAACAGCUGGUCAUGCAGAGUGGGCGGAGCUUCCAGUGGCCAGGUGGGUCACCACCUCCAGACGUCCCAGAGUGUGGCUUCAAAAACGACAAACCGGCCUGCCGCGCACGUACAGUGUCCAUGCAUCAGAUGGUUGCCAUAGUGAUCUGCUUCGUCUUCAUCAUCAUCGUUACCGUGACCGUCUUCAUCUACAGGAAGUUGAAGUUGGAGAGUGAGCUGGCAGCUCAGCUGUGGAGAGUGUCCUGGGAAGACGUCCAGAUGAGUAACCUGGACAAAGUCCUGAAGAGAGCGUGGAGCCGACUCACUCUGUCCCUGAAAGGAUCAAACUACGGCUCCCUGAUGACCAUGGAGGGAAACUUCCAGAUCUACACCAAGACUGGAUACUACAAGGGAAACCUCGCUGCCAUCAAAUACAUCAAUAAGAAACGGAUUGAACUGACCCGGAAAGUUCUGUUUGAACUGAAACAUAUGCGGGAUGUCCAGAACGAGCACCUGACCCGUUUCAUCGGCGCCUGCAUGGACCCGCCCAACAUGUGCAUCAUCACAGAGUACUGUCCUAGAGGCAGUCUGCAGGACCUGAUGGAGAGUGACAGCAUUACUCUGGACUGGAUGUUCAGAUACUCACUCAUCAAUGACAUCGUCAAGGGCAUGGCGUUCAUCCACAACAGCGUCAUCGUCUCCCACGGUAACCUGAAGUCGUCCAACUGUGUCGUGGACAGUCGAUUUGUCCUGAAGAUCACAGACUACGGACUGAAGAGUCUGCGCAGCUGCAGCAGUCCUGAGGACACACACGCGUACUACGCACGUAAGCUGUGGACUGCCCCUGAGCUGCUGAGGUCACAGUGUCCCCUCCCCUGCGGGACACAGAAGGGAGACGUGUACAGCUUUGGGAUCAUCCUACAGGAAGUGGCUCUGCUGAGGGGCGUGUUCUACCUCGACGCGCACACACUCACGCCUAAAGAGAUUGUCCAGGCCGUGCGGCAGGGUGAAACCCCGCCCCUCCGCCCCUCCCUCUGCUUCCACAGUCACAGCGAGGAGCUCGGCGUCCUGAUGCAGCGAUGCUGGAGCGAGGAGUCCAGCGAACGACCCGACUUUAACACCAUCAAGAUCCUGCUCAGGAAACAACACAGAGGUUACGGCUCCAACAUCCUGGACAACCUCCUGUCUCGGAUGGAGCAGUACGCCAACAACCUGGAGGAGCUGGUGGAGGAGAGAACGCAGGCGUACCACGAGGAGAAACGCAAGGCCGAGGCUCUGCUCUACCAAAUACUGCCACAUUCUGUUGCUGAACAGUUGAAACGAGGUGAAACUGUCCAGGCUGAAGCGUUUGACUCCGUCACCAUUUACUUCAGUGACAUCGUUGGUUUCACGGCGCUCUCUGCUGAGAGCACGCCACUGCAGGUGGUGACUCUGCUGAACGACCUCUACACCUGCUUCGACGCCAUCAUCGACAACUUUGACGUUUACAAGGUGGAGACCAUUGGUGACGCCUACAUGGUGGUGUCGGGUCUGCCGGUGAGGAACGGUAAACUCCACGCUCGGGAGGUCGCCCGCAUGUCUCUCGCUCUGCUGGACGCUGUCAAGAGUUUCAGGAUCAGACAUCGACCCGAGCAGCAGCUGCUGCUGCGCAUCGGCAUUCACAGCGGUGUGUGUCACAUGACAGGAGCCAGUAAAGGGCUGGUUCAGGGUUUUUUCCAACAGGAAACAAAAGUUUGUAAACCACUCACUCUCCCACACCAUGAGCCUGAUACCAAGGAGGAGGGAGGGGAGAGUGGGGAGGAGUGCAGGGGGCGUGGUCGGCUAGACAUUAAAUCUUGGCUGACCUCUGACCUGCUCCAACUAAACCGCCGGAAGACAGAGUUGACAGUGGUCGGUCCAAAGUCUCUCUUCAACAAGGUGGGAGAUCUGGACAUCACCACUUCACUGUCCACGGAGACGAUCACCCCUGAUUCUAACACACUGACGCAGGAAGGGGUGUGGCUCCGGGUGUCCUCGGCUCUCAUUGGCCGACGCUCUCUUCACUCAGCAGCCUCAGUUACAUGA